UGCAUCGUGCAGUCGUACCUCCAGUGGCUGCAGGACAGUGAUUACAAUCCCACCUGCACACUGUGCAGCACAGCGCUAGCUGACAAGGAGACCACCAGACUCAUGUGCUAUGAUGUGUUUCACUGGUCCUGUCUCAAUGAACUGGCCUCCCAGUUGCCCAGGAACACGGCCCCCGCUGGGUACCAGUGCCCCGCCUGUCAGGGGCCCGUCUUCCCCACCCCCAACCUCGUGGGCCCCGUCGCGGCCGCGCUGCGCGAGAAACUCGCCUCCGUCAACUGGGCCCGGGCCGGGCUGGGGCUGCCGCUGAUCGAGGAGCCGGAACCCGCGCCAGAACAGGAGUCACAUGACGUCACAGACUACACUGAUUGGUCAACUUUCAACACCUCAACCUCUCACCCCACAGAAGCCCCUUCCCAGUCCUCCCACUCCUCCCAUUCCUACAGCUCGAACCCAGUGCCCUGCCAGUCCCAGGUGGGCUUCGGGGCGGGGCUGAAUAACGGGAGUGUGAAGGAGGGGCACGUGCACCCCAGCUUGAGCUGCAACACUGCGAUGGGAGACUCUGUCACUCUACACACAGCCUCCUCUCCGCGGAAGGUGUACGACACGCGUGACGCGGGGGGGUCGUCGGUGACGCAGAUCGAUUUCGACGAUGACAAGUACAGGAGGAGACCGGCGCUGAGCUGGCUGGCACAGAUACUGAAGAGCCGCUCCGGGUCGAAGCGGACCCCCCUCUCUCUGAAGCAGAGGGUCUUCAUCCUCCUGGUUCUCGGGGUGAUCGGCUUCUGCACCCUCAUCAUCAUCAUGUCCAAACUGGGGCGCGCCUCGGCCGAGAACGACCCCAAUCUGAAUCCUCUGCUGAACCCCAACAUCCGCGUGGGGCAGAAUUAACGAACAGCCCCCCAACCCCCCCCCCCCGAACCCCUAAAACAUCUCCCUCGCUCUGAACCCCGAGUUGAGGCAAGAGUAACUGCACCCCUGAAUCUGAACCCCAAGAUCUGAAGAGGAGAAAGUGUAAUUUACAGCAGACUUCAAUGUGAACCCCAGUGUCGGAGCAGGGGGGUGUGAUUCCCCCGGUUCUGAAGGGGGUGAGAGUGAUCCGGGGGCCAGCCUGUCUGGCUGCUGACUGUCGAUCCGGGUGAAUGUGUGUUUGAUGUUGGGUGGUAUUGCUUUACACAGUCUGCUGUGCGUCAAUGGGGGCCUUUGUGGCGUCCCCUGGAUAUUUUGGAGGGGGGAGAGGAGAAGGGGGAGGGGAGGAGAAGGGGGAGGGGAGGUGGGAGUAGAGGGGGGAGGGAGGAGGAGGAGGAGGAGGAGGAGGAGGAGAGGGGGGGUAGAGGGAGGGGUUGCUGUAUAGAGUUUGCUUUUUGAAUUCUGUCUCACACACAGACGAACCAAUCAAAAAACAGCCAGAUGCUACGGACUCAAUAAAUAAUUUAAAAAUAACAUUCUUUAUUCAAAAUGAUUAUUAUUAUUAUUAUUAUUAUUAUUAUUAUCAUCAUUAUUAUUAUUAUUAUUAUUAUUAACACAGUGCUGACAAUGACAAUGUUUUCUUUUCUAUUGAGUUUCUUUCUGUGUUUGUUUUUGUAUUAAUAUUAUCAUUAUAAUUAUCUUUUUUUUCCGAUCUGUAUAUAAACCUGUAAAUAUAGAUAUUUUUGUUUGUUUUCUCUUGUAGUUUAAAAAAUAAUUUGCUGGUAGCUAGUUUGCAGUAAAUGGUGUGUUUGUGAGGGAGGGACGGACAGACAGACAGACAGACAGACAGACAGCGAGCGUGUGUUGUGUAUAAGAUAUUCUGAGACGCUCACACUAGCUGCCUCUGUUUUAUUCCUCUUGGCUGUGCUUUCACUGCAGAAGCCUGAUCGAGGGAGGGAGGGACGGACAGACAGACAGACAGACAGACAGACAGACAGACAGACAGACAGACAGCGAGCGUGUGUUGUGUAUAAGAUAUUCUGAGACGCUCACACUAGCUGUCUCUGUUUUAUUCCUCUUGGCUGUGCUUUCACUGCAGAAGCCUGAACGAGGGAGGCUGCAGCCUCUCUCCCCCUCCACUCCGGCUUGGAGUUUUCAAUCUGCUCUGGAAUAAACGUGACCCUUUAAAAUGA